AUGAUGACAACCGCACCGCAUAUGCCGGCUAAGGCACACAGCACCGAAGAUGUGCACCCGCGCCCGAGAGGAAUCCUCAAGAACACCAAGUCCUACUCCUCCGCUUCCGCGCCUCCCGCUGCUUCACUCGCCGGGCCCAUUCCAGUGCCUACUGUCCCCGAAGUGUCCGACACCAAGGACAUCACCCUCCAGAAUACCCUUCAGAACGCAGGCCGUCGUCGGUCUUCCUCCAACACCCGGCCCGGCUCCUCAUCCCGCAGGCAAUCCGUCCAAAGUGCCCAGGACGAAAACGAGCCCCGUUUGAAGUGGGACGAAGCCAACCUGUACCUGGCGGAGCAGGACCGCACCGCGAAAAUGAAGAUCGACGAGCCCAAGACUCCGUAUGCCCCGCACUACGAUCCCACCGAGGACGAAGAGGAGAUGCGUCUGGAAGAGGCGAAAGACAGCCUCCUGGAUGCGCAGGAUAUUUUUGUUGACGAGCUCGAUAACCCCGACAAGUCCAGCCACCACCACAAGAAAGGCGUCUCGGAAGACGAAAUCCCCAAUCUCGAGCUCGGCGAGGCAGAAGAUACAUUCCAGGCCACUGCAGACGCGGCUUCGGACCCCCGGAUCUACCGCGAUCGCAGCAUGAGCACGGAUUCCCAUAAGAGUGAUAAGCACGUGGUCAUGGGUGGUGAGGUGAAUGGCGACGGUCUGAUCACCUCGGAUGACGCGAAGGAGAAACACCGCGAGUUCGAGGAGCAUCGGAAGAAGCACUACGAAAUGAGGAAUAUCAAGGAACUUCUUGCGCACCCCGAAGAGCUUGAUGAGAUGGAGGAAGAUGAGGAUGAGACUGAACCUGGUCCCCCACCCGCUAUGCCCCAAAUCCCCGAUCGUUUCCGCAACGGGCAAUAA